AUGAAGGCUGCCCGUGACGUCAUCAGCUGGCAGGGAAGAGGAGCUCAGUUAGAACAGAUGCAACCUCCAGAUUGUUAGACACUAUCAGCAUCUUUAGCGCUGCUUCAUAUCUUCUUUAGGCACCAAAACCUGACCGAGUGGCACGUUUAAAAACAAAAUAACAUCUUGGAAAGUUUUCUUUUAACUUAAAUGGAUCGAAUUACAGCGUCAAGGCUGGCGUGAUUAUAUCCCUAAUUAAGAUGGGGGCAUCGGACAAGGACAUUACCUUCCAGUCGAGCAUCCCUGUACCUCUAGACAUAACUGUGGCUGUGGUCUACUCAGUCUUCGGAAUAUGCUCACUAUUUGGCAACAGCACCUUGCUGUAUGUGUCCUACAAGAAAAAGCACGUCUUGAAGCCAGCUGAGUACUUCAUCAUCAACUUGGCUGUCAGCGACCUGGGCCUAACUCUGUCUCUCUCCCCGAUGGCAAUAACUUCCAGUGUUUACCACAGGUGGCUGUAUGGGAGGACGGCUUGCUCCAUCUACGCCUUCUGCGGCAUGCUGUUUGGCAUCUGCAGCCUGACCACUCUCACCCUGCUCAGCGUGGUGUGCUUCAUCAAAGUUUGUUAUCCCUUCUACGGAAACCGAUUCAACAACUUCCAUGGCCGCCUACUCAUCUCCUGUGCUUGGGUCUUUGCGCUGUUGUUUGCCUGCUGCCCACUGGUCCACUGGGGAGAAUACGGGCCAGAACCUUACGGUACGGCCUGCUGCCUCGACUGGCGCCUGUCCAAUCGGCUCCCGACGGCACGCUCCUACAUAGUGGUGCUGUUCUUCUUCUGCUACAUCCUCCCGUGCUGCGUCAUCCUGGCGUCCUACAUGGGAAUUCUGGCCACGGUGCACGCGUCGCACAAGACCAUGGAGCGGCACGCCUCCAGGCAGGCGCACAUGAGCAGCAUCCAGAUCAUCAUUGUCAAGCUAAGUGUCGCUGUCUGCAUCGGUUUCUUCUUGGCCUGGAGUCCAUACGCUCUGGUGUCCAUGUGGGCGGCAUUCGGAAACAUCGAGAACAUCUCUCCUCUGGCGUUCGCCAUGCCGGCCAUGUUUGCCAAGUCCUCCACCAUUUACAACCCCAUCAUAUAUCUCACGCUGAGACCCAACUUCCGCCAGGAAAUAUGCAGGGAUGCGGGUGCUCUGAGGAGCCGCCUGUGCUCCUGGUGCUGCUGUCAGCCUAAAGUCAGGGUGAGACUUCGAUCGGUCCCAAAACGGAGCGACCGAUUCCCUCCGCCUAGCUCUUCUACCCACCCUGCUACGAUAGCCUUGAAAGGUCAGAAGGAUGCGUUUGAAUCCCCCACGCCGAGUCCUCAAGUGUUCAGUGUUACUAACGCCCCAGCUUGUGGAGAAGCGUCCCAGGAAAGGGCCCUUCUCCAAAGAGAUAAACAAAAACAUAAAAGCGGGAGCCACAUGAGGUCUUUACUGUGCAAAAUGUGCGCAAAAAGGACUGCAGAUAAUCUUCAUAAUGAUUUGGAGAUGGUUCCCAGCAAAGCCAAAGUGGCUUGGCCUUGAUUUUCCCUCCAAUAUUACUAAAAUAUCUGGUUCUUCUGUGAAAUAUUGACAAUUUUGUUCCGGCAUGUACAAUAAGCUCCAUUACAGUCUUAACUGAAAGGGGACUGCACUUUUUUAUUUUUUUAGGAUUUUGCCUAUCGUUCAUAACCCUUAUGAGAGACUGGUCUCUUUGGUUAGUCUUAGAAGACGAUUCGCUGGAUCUGACCAAUCUAAGUCUAAGACUAUAUCUGAUCAAUCUAAGUCUAUGAGCACGAACUGAUGAAGCGGACUCCGAUGAGUGGCGAAACGUCUUCUUAGAUCACAGGUGUCAAAGUCAAGGCCCGCGGGCCAGAUCUGGCCCUUCACGUCAUUUUAUAUGGCCCGCAAAAGCCCGGAAAUAAUAUGUGUCAAGAAAGUACCUUAUUUUCUUUCUUUACAUUCUUAUUUUCUUACUAGAAGGUAUUAGGUUUUUUUCUAGUUUGACAAGAAAAAAAUAGUGUCCAAUAUUGCAACACAUUAUAUUAUCUAAUUUUUUUGGUCAAAAUCCAAAUAAAUACUUAAAUAUCUGCUUAACUUGUGACUUCGAAGCAAGCUAUUCAUCAAAUUGUUCACUAUAAAAAUGAUCAACAGCUUUUACGGUAAAAUUUAGGGAGUUUUUUUUUUUACAGCAUAUUACUGCUUUAAGUUUUUUAUUCUGUCGACUGAAAGGUUAGUUUGGUGGGGUUUUUUAAUGUAAAAUCCACGGUUGAUGAUUUUAUGGUACUUUUUUGAAUGAUUGAGUGAUACUUUUAUUAGUAGAUUGAA